CAGUAAGAGCUGAGAGAGAGAAGGGAGGGGAGAGGAGGCAGAGCCAGAUUUCUUUUCAGACACUCCCAUUCUUUUAAUGUCUGAGCUCAGCUAACGGUCCCUGGACUCUCCUUGGGUCUGGAUCUCUCCAGAGUGACACACCACAUACCUCCCUGGACCUCAUUUCAAGCCAACCAUCCAGGGUCCUACCCCUCUGAAUCUGAAGCCCUCCACCUCUGGAGGUCUGACCUAUAACAUCCUUAGUGCGGCCUUUACUUUAGCACAUCCAUUGGCAUGAUUCAAGAAUAGAGAUGGAUACUGAAGGCCCACGUGUCCAAGAUGACCCAGAUAUCAAGGUGAUGAUGGCGGGGUCGACUCUGAGAAAGGUGAAGUCCAGGUCGUGGAAGAAGCAGCGACAUUUCCGCCUCCUGGAGGACGGUCUGACGAUCUGGUACAAGUCCAGAUGGGCGGGGAUGGGACACACCACCUUCUCUAUAACCGAGCUGGAGGCCGUGCGAGAGGGACACCAGUCAGAGGUCCUGCUGAGCAUCGCUGAAGAGUAUGCCGCUGACCUCUGCUUCACCUUGGUGUUCCAUGGUCGCCAAGGCAACCUGGACCUGGUAGCUGACUCUCCAGGGGAGGCCCGGGCCUGGAUCCAAGGAGUCCGCAAACUGAUUCACAAGGCUGAAACGAUGGAUGAGAAGGAGAGGCUGGACCAGUGGGUCUGGGACUGGUUUCAUAAAGCCGACAAGAACAAAGACGGGAAGAUGAAUUUCAAAGAGGUGCGGAAAUUACUGAAGAUGAUGAACGUGGAAAUGAAUGAGGAACAUGCUCUGCACCUCUUCACGAUGGCUGAUAAGUCGGAGAGCGGCGCUCUGGAGAUCGAGCAGUUUGUCCACUUCUACAAGAUGCUGACUCAGAGGGAUGAAGUGUGGAAGGUGUUUCAGGAUUACUCUGGAGAUGGAGAGAAGUUGAUGCUGGACGAGCUUGAGAUCUUCCUGAGGCUGGAGCAGCAGGAGGGAGACAAAAGUUGCCGGCACGCCCAGGAACUGAUUGAUCGCUACGAACCAUCUGAAUCAGCCAAGAAGCAAGGCGCCAUGUCUUUUGAUGGCUUCCAGAUGUACCUGUGCUCACAGGAGGGCUCCAUAUUUAACCCUGAGCUUCGAGAUCUUCAUCAGGACAUGAGCCAGCCGCUCAGCCACUACUUCAUCUCCUCCUCACACAACACCUACCUCCUGGAGGACCAGCUCCGGGGACAGAGCAGCCUGGAGGCGUACAUUAAGGCCCUGAAGAGAGGCUGCCGGUGUGUGGAGGUGGACUGCUGGGAUGGCAGUGACGGAGAUCCCAUCGUGUAUCACGGUCACACUUUGACGUCCAAGAUUCUUUUUAGAGACGUCAUUUCAACGCUUAAAGAGUACGCUUUCAAGGUGUCACAGUUCCCUGUCAUCCUGUCCCUGGAGAAUCACUGCAGUGUGGAGCAGCAGACAGUCAUGGCCAAACACCUCACACAGAUCUUGGGUGACACACUGCUGACCACCCUGCUGGAUGGGCAGGUCCCUCAACAGCUCCCCUCUCCACAGGAGCUGAAGGGGAAAAUAUUGCUGAAAGCCAAGAAGAUCGGCGGUCCAGGAGGCUCUCUGGAUGACACCCUGACAGACGAAGUUAGCGAUGAUGAAGAGACGGCCAACAGUGAUGCAGAGACUCUUUCUUCAGAUGAACCACCUGUGAACCACAAUGCAAAGAAGUCAAAGUCCAAAUUGUCCAGGGAGCUGUCAGACUUGGUGGUUUACUGUAAGAGUGUGCACUUCCAUGGCUUUGAACAUUCCCAUUUACACGCCAAAUGCUACGAGAUGUCCUCAUUCUCUGAAUCCAAGGCCAAGAAGCUCGCCAAGGAAGCAGGAACACAUUUUGUUCAGCACAACACGAGGCAGCUGAGCAGAAUCUACCCCAGUGGCCUCAGGACGGACUCCUCCAACUACAAUCCUCAGGAUAUGUGGAACGUUGGCUGUCAGAUAGUGGCUCUGAACUUUCAGAAGGCCGGUCUGGAGAUGGAUCUGAAUGAUGGACUGUUCCGGCAGAAUGGCUGCUGCGGCUUUGUCCUCAAACCUCUCUUCAUGAGAGACGCAAACACUCUGUUCAGUCCAGAGAAACCAGAGGAGCGGCAAGGCAAACCACUGCGCUUAUCCAUACAGGUGAUCAGUGCGCAGCAGCUGCCAAAGGUGAACCAGAAGGAGGGCUCUAUAGUAGACCCUCUGGUCAGAGUGGAGAUCUAUGGAGUCCCACAGGACCAGGCCAGAGAGGAGACCAGUCACAUUAACAACAACGGCUUUAACCCAGUGUGGAACGAAACUCUAAAUUUUGUCAUCCGCUCUCCUGAGCUGGCCCUGGUCCGCUUCGAGGUGGAGGACCAUGACAAGGCAUCCAGGAACGACUUCAUCGGACAGUUCACUCUACCGUUUACAUGCAUCCAAGCAGGAUAUCGCCACAUAAAUCUGCUCUCCAGAGACGGAACAGCUAUACCUCCCGCCUCUGUCUUCAUCAACAUCAGCAUCUCAGAGCUCACGUGAAGAGGAAGAAAAAUCUGACGCUUUAGCCUAGAUGGGUUUCUGAAGAGAAAUCAUAAUUGCUGAAUUUGAUCCCUCACCAAAUUUACCAAGAAGUAAGAAAGAAACCUGGGGGCCGUAUUCACAAAGCUUCCUAUGAAAAGAAAGUGAAGAAAUGUUCUUCAAACACUGAAUAAUGAACAUUAUUGUUGGAUCAUAGUUGGGCCGAACAGACAGAAAUGAUUCAUGCAGACAUAUAAAUCCAUCUAUGACUUUAUUCAGUGCAAAGUGAGACAUGCAUGUUGCUGAUGUAACGAUCAUCAUGUGAAGAGGCUGCUGCUCAAGUGUUUCAAAAAUAUUUUGUAGGCUAAAGCACGGCUAACAAUUUAAUCAGCAGAGAUGUUCAUUUCAUAAUGUUGCCUGGUUUGUAGAUUCUAUGAUUGGGCCCAAUCAAUUUAACUGUCUUCCAUGGCCAUUAUCCCCCAAGAGAGCACUUUUUCUAAUAAUCUUUUGGAUCAAACAAUGAAAGCUACUGAAAGGUUUUGUCAUACCUAGCAACAAGGCCGACAACACCUCCUAAACGUUUCUGUCGCUGUUCCUAAGUCACUCCUAAACUAGGAGUCCUUGCUAUUCAAGCUAAGUCAGAAGCUCGCUGAGAGGAAUCUCAUCAUAAUAUUUAUGAAUACGGGACCUGAAGGACACAGGGACGAUCAAUAGAGUCCACUUCUAAAUAUGUAGAAUCCGUGUUGAAUAAUAACUGCCCCUAUUUAUUUCUCUUCUAAUGUAAUAUGUUUGCAAUUCUUAAUUCUGUCAAAUUGCAAUGAAAUGAAGGAACAUGAGAGAGGGGUUGCUGCAUGCCUUGAAUGCCAAAAUAAACCUUACUACCUUUUAAAUGACCUGUAGGCUAUAUCCUGAAAUAACAUUAAGCAACUUUGAGUGUAUGGUUCACCGUUUUACUAAUAGAGUGUAAAACAAUCGCCAAAUACCAGUAUUAUUAUAAACAUACUGAUCUGAAUUCCCAUCUCCAACAGUAGGUGGCAGCACUGUCUACGGUGUAGCGUGGUCAUUGAGUUAUAAAAUACUCCCAGUUUUGCAUCACGUUGUUUAAUCUACAAUGAAGUGCCUGCUGUACAAAUGACAAACAGUUGUGUUGUGUAUUAUGUAAAUCUGUGUAAACAUAGGCCUGUAAAUUAAUACAAUACUUUUUGCUCUUG